AUGGAAUUACACUGUCUUCUUGUGGAGACCUCCACCUCAGCCAGUUCCUGCUCCAUGGACCCAGUGUACGACAACUGCCCACCUUUCACCCAGCGUGGGAGAGACAGGGAAAUGGAGAGUAGAGUUGUGUACCCCGCUGUAACCAGACCCCCCGGCCUCUGCAUCCCUCAGACUGUUCUGGCCCCUGCUGUGGCUGAGGUUCCCACACGGGUCAGUGAGGGAAGAGCGCCUGGCAGUGUGCCAGAUCACUCCUACUGUGGUUGGAGAGGAGGUUUGGGAGUAUUGGCGCAUGAUCCGGGAAUAAACCGAAUAAGAGGAGGAGGAGGAGGAGGAGGAGGAGGAUACUGGCCAGAUGACAGCACUCAACUGUAUCACAUCCCCAGUCCAACACAGAGUACGGAACAUCAGAGCACACUGUCGUUCUAUGAUAACCUCUCUGGAGCUGAAACCCCUGACCACAUUGAAGUUUUUGAGAUGGAACCCAGCUUCCAGGAGCACUUUCAGGAAGACAUGUGGGCCUCUAAGCUGAUCCAGGUAGCAGCUGACGAAGGAGGCCCUUGGUUGGAAAGUGGCUGCGACAACCAGAACCAAGAAAUCAAACAUCAGCAAGAGUUGGGCUCUGUAUCAUGUGGGUUUGUACAAGAGGACCAGAUGCUGCACAUACAUCAGUCAAGUCAGCAACACCGCCAGGCCCUAUGGCAACAAAGCAAGGCUCAGCACCAAGCACAGACUCCUUGGGCUCCUAAGGUACCCCCUCCUCUACCCCUCGCUGACCCUUCCGCCAGUGCACUUCGCAGCCUUCUCACCAAUCUCCAGCAGCACAUCGUCAGACAACAGGAAGUGUAUGAGGCGCGGAUAGUCAGCUUACAGGAGAGAAACGAGGAGCUGCAGGAGGAGGUUGUUCGCUUGAAAACCAACCUGUCCCGGCAGCGUCACUGGUACCAGGCUGUGCAAGCAAAGAUCACAGAGUCCGAAAGAGAGCGGGCCGCAGCGGAGCUGUGCAACUCGGCACUGCAGAAAGACAUGGAACAAUUCUUCGACACGUUUGGAGAGCUCAACAAUGAGGCAAAGAAGACAGAAAACAUCAUCAGGAGCUUUUGAGAAAGAACAUAGAACAUUGACAAGAGCAGAAAGAAAACUCAAGCAUAAGAACGCAAGAUGUUGUAUAGUACUUUAUCUCUCUCUAGACAGAACAUUCCCUUUCCUCUUUGGGAAGGGCUUCCAUGUUGCACAGUUAGUUCUUUAUGAGCAAUCUUAAAAAUACAGAAAUAAAAGAAACUACUGACAACUGUAUGAAUUGCAUAUGGCUGAACACAACAUAUUCUCAUGGGAAUUUAGUAGGAAAUCACACAAAACACCAGCAGAGUUGCCACAACACACUGCAUAGACAUCCUGCACUGAAAUUAUACUCAUAUCUAUCUAUAUAAAUAAAAAAACACAUAUUUACUACUUACUUUUGCUUUGUACAAAACCCUACUAAAUUCUCAUGACAACAGGCCCCUGAAUGAGUGUGAUCAAUGCAAUUGUACAAGACAUUUCUGAAAAUGAAACUGCAACUGAACAAAAUCGCAUCGUGAAGACUUGAAAAUUUCUGAAACCAUGAUCAAUACAAAACAUUAUUGUGGACAACGUGAGCUGAAGCCUCCUCAGAUCAAUGAAGGCAUGAAUGAGGACUGUGAAGGUGGGGAUAUAUAGUAUAUAGUGUGGCCUUUUAGUCCUCAGUGAGUCCAUUUCUGCAAAAAGUCCAUUGCCAAGGUUCCCCUCCUUGGUGUGCCAUGUUUGAGAAUUUACACCACAGUCACGUCCUCCUUCCUCACGUGUUGUUGAAACAUCCUUCAGUAACCUGGCCUUUCCACACGAGGAGGCCGCUGUGGACAUUGAGCAUGCAUGCAUCCAAGGCAAAAAGCAAACAAAAACACCUCUCAGGAUCAAAAACAUUAAGCAAGGACCUGAACAGAUUCCUUUGUAACAAAAUCUAUGAUAAUGCCACUGCAUCUGCAUGCAACAUUACUUAUUUUGUUGUUGUAUUUUUGUUCUACGUGACUCAUGGCUGAUGCUAUGGAAUGGUUUUGUUAUGGUGUGUACUCGAUUAAAAUUAAA